GCCAUGGCAGAUACAACCGACUUGAGCUUGGAUGCUCCUAGCGACCUCCAGGACAUCCCCGACAUCUCAAUGGAUUUACUUCCGCCACCGGAAGGUACAUAUCCCGACCGGGCUACUUUGUUAGCGUCUGUUCAAGCUCAUGGAAAGGCGCACGGAUACAACGUAGUGGUCAAGUCCUCGAGCACUCCAACGGAGAAGAAGCCAGGCCGCACGGCAAAGGUGUGGCUGCGAUGUGAUCGUGGUGGUCAAUACAGACCCCGGAAUGGCCUCACUGAGGAGACCCGAAACGGAAAAGAACGUCUCGCCUUAUGGACUGUCCAUUCAUGAUGGUUGCUGCAGGAAAUCCGGGAAUAUGGACGCUCACGGUUUUGAACCCAACCCACAACCACGGCCCAGUGACCGAAAAACCCCGACCGGCUCCUCAGACCAGGGUCAAGAAAGGUCAAGUCAGCUCGGUUCCUUAUGAUUGGCCACACGAUGCGACCUUUACUCCAUUCACCACGGCGCUGGUUCUCAUUGAUAUGCAGCGAGAUUUUUGUUCGCCUGGAGGUUAUAUGGAAUUCCAGGGUUAUGAUGUCAGUGGAGCCCAGAUUCUUGUUCCCAAAUUACAACGGCUUUUGCAUGCAUUCCGAAAUGCUGGAUUUCCGGUUUAUCAUACACGUGAAGGUCAUCGAAGUGAUCUCUCCACCCUCUCAACCCGAGAAAGCUUCCGGUCUCGUAACAAUCCCUCAGGUCUUGGAAUAGGUGCAGAUGGCCCUCUUGGUAGGUUCUUGAUUCGCGGGGAACCAGGGCAUGAUAUCAUUCCAGAGCUGUACCCUAUUCUAGGCGAACCAGUGAUAGAUAAACCUGGCCGUGGGGCUUUUUCACAUACCGACUUUGAACUACUUCUACGAAACAAAGGCAUAAGGAAUCUUAUUCUUACUGGCCUAAUGACGGACGUGGCCGUCUCCACCACAAUGAGAGAGGCUAGUGAUCGUGGGUUUGACUGUCUUCUUUUGGAGGAUGGAACUAUGGCACACGACCCAGGCUCCCAUGUAGCUGUGUGCGAAUCGAUCAAAAAAGAGGGUGGUGUCUUUGGCGCCACUGGCAAACUGGACGAUAUCGUUCGCGCUGUGGAAAACUUCAGAACCACUACUGUCAAAAGGCUUGCUCCACAAAUGACCGCGGUAGCGUGAAAUUCUCGCUUCUCGUGCCGCCAUUACACAGAGAGCAUCCAACCUCUUUGGAAUGGGAUAAUUCUUUGAUACGAGAUUACGAAGGCAUUCAAUGGUUCAAAGCAGCCAGUUAUAUUUUGCUGUUUCUU